CUCUCUCUCUGCUCAACUCUCUUCUCCUCUCUCGAGUCUCGACUAUAUAUAUAUAUAUAUAUAAAUCGUCUACGUUGAAAUUUUCUUCUUCAUAAUUCAUAAAUUCAUCUCAAAUCAAGGAGAAGAUUUUUAAUUACUGUGUAUAUCCAUGUUUGUUGUGAAUCUGUUGUUGAUAUGCUUCUCAAUUUUCCUGGUGCGCUGGUUUCUGCUUCGAACUGCUCUGAUCUACGCCGUCAGGAAAGGGAUUGAGUGGAUCGGCGACCGAGUUCACGUUCACCAGCACUUCAAGGUCCCCGAGUUGAACGAUUCGACUCACCAGCGCAACCUCUUCUACCGCCGCGUCUCGCUCUACCUCACCUCCCUCGCGUCGCUCGAGGACUCCGAUUUCACCAACCUCUCCGCCGGCAAAAAGUCAAACGACAUCGUUUUGUCGCUCGACGACAAUCAGACGAUCCACGACGAUUUCCUCGGCGCGAGAGUCUCGUGGCUGAAUCGAGUGGAGAGAGGCGGCGGCGGAAGCCGGAGCUUCGUGCUGAGGAUUAGGAAGAAGGAUAAGCGGAGGAUUCUGAAGCCGUAUCUGCAGCACAUCCACGCGGUUUCCGAUGCAAUUGAGGAGAGAGGGAACGAAUUGAGGAUUUACAGCCACUGCGGCGGGAGAUGGAAGUCGAUUCUGUUCAAUCACCCCGCCGAUUUCGACGCGAUCGUUCUCGAUCCGGAUCUGAAGGCGAAAAUCCGGCACGAUUUGGAGAAUUUUCUGAAAUCGAAACAGUACUACCACAAACUCGGCCGCGUUUGGAAGCGGAGCUAUCUCCUCUACGGCCAAUCCGGCACCGGAAAAUCCAGCUUCAUCGCCGCCGCGGCGAAUCUCCUAAGCUACGACGUGUACUACCUCAAUCUCUCGCAAAUCGCCGAUGCGGAGGAUCUGAAUUCGCUCCUAAUUCAAACCACGAGCAAGUCUCUGAUCGUCGUCGAGGAUCUCGAUCGUUACGUCUCCGAUUCUAGGCCUAAUUCGCGGAUUAAUUCAUCCUGUUUGCUGAAUUUCAUGGACGGACUAUUGAAUUCGCAGGAGGAGCGGAUUUCGAUCUUCACGAUGAACAGCAAGGACGGAAUCGAUCCGGCGCUGCUCCGGCCGGGGAGAAUCGAUAUGCACAUUCACUUCCCCCUGUGCGAUUUCGCCUCUUUCAAAAACCUAGCGAGCAAUUAUCUCGGAGUGAAGGAGCACAAGCUGUUUCCUCAGGUGGAGGAGAUUUUCCAGAGCGGCGCGGCGAUGAGCGCGGCGGAGAUCAGCGAGCUGAUGUUGGUGAAACGCUCUUCGCCGAGCCGCGCGCUGAAAUCGGUCAUUUCCGCAUUGCAAUCGAGCGGCGGAACGCGGCGGAGCGACAGCUCGGCAUCGUCGCCGGCGCCGCCGUCUGCGGCGGAGGAAGGCGGCGGUGCCGCCUGGAAGGGAGCAAUGCCUAAGGAAUUCCGGAAAUUGUAUGGGCUGUUACGGCUGAAGAGCUGCAGGAGAGCUGGAUCGUUCGAUCAAGAUGAAAUCGGACGGUUAUAGAUGUGUCAAAUAAACACAAUUUACAAUUAUUUUUAUCGAAUAGAAUUUUUUUUUCCUUUUUUAAUUUUA